AUGCCCUCCUUCACCGUCUACACAGGAUCCAAAGAUGGCUCUGUCAAGCCUCGCACUACCACCAAGUCCGAUCAGCUCACCGGCGACCAAGUCUAUGUCCGAGUCACAGCCUCUGGAAUGUGCUUUACCGAUGUGCAUUAUAAACAUGGAGACACGGCACUGGGUCACGAAGGUGUUGCAGUUGUUGAACAGACUGGCCCCGGGGUCACAUAUCUGAAGAAGGGAGAUCGAGUAGGCUGGGGUUACCAAACUGAUCACUGCGGCCACUGUCUCGAGUGUCUUCAGGGAAACGACGUUUACUGCAACGAGCGUGUUAUUUACGGCUCGGGAAACACCGACCAGGGCAGCUUUGCUACUCACGCUGUUCUCCGAGAGGCUUUCCUGCACCCCAUCCCUGACGAUAUUAGCGACGAGGAUGCUGCUCCUCUUCAGUGUGCUGGUGCGACAGUCUUCACUGCUCUGCACGAUGUGGAUUCCAACGACACUGUUGGUAUCAUGGGAGUUGGAGGCCUCGGUCACAUCGCCAUUCAGUUCGCCGCCAAGCUUGGCUGCCGAGUUGUUGUGCUCUCUGGCUCCGAUAGCAAGAAAUCCGAUGCUGCCAAGCUUGGUGCUCACAGAUUCGUCGCCAUGAAGGAGGGUGACGUUGAGAAGCAGCUGGGUGACUGGAAAAUCUCCCGUCUCCUGGUCACUACUUCUGCUCAGCCAGACUGGCAAAAGAUUCUGCCGCUCCUUUCUCCUCGUGCUCGCAUUUACCCUCUAUCAGUGUCUUCUGACAACCUGGAAAUGCCCUACAUGCCUCUUAUCAAUGGCGGCAUCACCAUUCAAGGCUCUCUCGUCGCUUCGCGCCCUAUUCACCGCAAGAUGUUGGAGUUUGCCGCUCUUCACCAGAUCAAGCCUGUGCUUGAGAAGUUUGAGAUGUCAGAAGAUGGUAUUAACAAGGCGUUUGAGCGUCUUGAGGCGGGCAAGGUGCAAUACAGAGUUGUUUUGCUACCCAGCCACAAAUAG